CAGGAGGCAAAGGAUGAAGGUUUAUCCGUAUUCCCAAAGUACGACUGCUCUUGCUACCUGUAGAGCUAGUGAGGUACCCUCCGCGUCGGAAGCAUAUAUGCUCAAGGGAAGAGGGUGGGGGAAGGAGUUCCUGAAUCAAAGCCAUUGGAAUGUAGCCUUGUACUUAGUUCGGAAAUUAUUAAAUUGGGGCUUCCAAACUACGCCGGGAGAAACAAGAAUCAUAGUUCGGAAUGCAGACGAAUGCCAAAAAUGGUCUGUGAGUCAAAUAACCAGUUAAAGACAAAUAAGUACUCGUGACUAUAGACUCGGCUGCUGCAAACAUUGACUCAUUGAGGUUAAGGGGCCGAACGACUGGCCUUUCCAUCUCCAAGAGACUGUAACUUGAAAAGUCCAUUGGCCACAUCAGAAAGCGCAGUAUGAGGUCAGCAUCUGGGCAGAGGGCAAUUGCUACCUUCAGGAGGUGGUGGCGGUAUAAGGAGGAGGAAUGAAGACCAACGUGUGUCAUUCAGAUUCCAGUUCAGGCCCUAGACAUACACAUACCAAAAGGCCUCCAUUCCUGCCUUCAAAAUAGCAAAGUACUCACGUAAUCAGGAGAGAAGGUGGGGUGUAAAGGACACAUAACCACGGAAUUUCAUAGCAACGUGAUAAUGCUAGAUUAUGUGACUUUUUCCAAACCUAUAUCCCGAGAACAAAGCACGGUGCCUCGCAAAUAAGUGCUCAGUAAAUACUUGCUGAAUGUAUAAAACGGAGCUGUAUAGGCACAGAGAGGGCAGCUGGGAGCUGUAAAAAGUUUCAAAGAGGAGAUACUAUUUGAGCUGUUUUGAAGGAUGAAUUUAAUCCCCAAGGUGAAAGAGGAAUAAAAAACAUCUCUGAAUUUACCUCUCUUCCAAGAAAUACGUACGCAUUGUUCAUUGUCCAUCCUGGACGCAGAGCAGCAAAGCCUACACUGCAUAGAGGGGAUUUAUUACCACAGUCAAGCAUCGAAUGGGCCCCGGGGGCAACUGUGCACUUGAAAUGUGCAAACUCACUAACACUGUGAAAGUUUCUGCCUCUGAUUAAGUUAUAUGGAAACAACACAUCUUUUCAAACCUUUCAGGACCCAAUUUUCUCCUGGAGCAGUUUUCCUCUUUGGUUCUUCAAGAUGGUCAUAACAACCGGUACAGCGUGGGUGGUAAACGAGAGAAUAAAUAAGAAGUGAAUCCUACCAUUGGACUGCAGUUGCUUUAUGAAAAUAAACUUGAUCUAGGCACAACCCACCCCAUCCCCACCUGAUGCCACUACUCUCCUCAGAGUCUUAACCUGGAAUCUGAGACAUCUCCUGAAGAGUUGCCAUGUCCGGGAAUCCUGCCUCUUCCUCAGAACAGAACAACAAUAGCUAUGAAACCAAAGCAAGUCUCCGAAUGUCAGAGAAGAAAUGUUCAUGGGCAUCUUACAUGACAAACUCUCCAACCCUCAUCGUUAUGAUUGGCUUGCCAGCCCGUGGCAAAACCUACGUGUCCAAGAAACUUACACGCUACCUCAACUGGAUUGGGGUGCCCACCAAAGUGUUUAAUCUUGGGGUGUAUCGGCGGCAAGCAGUCAAGUCCUAUAAGUCCUAUGACUUCUUCCGGCAUGACAACGAGGAGGCCAUGAAGAUUCGCAAACAGUGUGCCCUGGUGGCGCUGAAAGACGUGAAGGCGUAUCUCACAGAGGAGAGCGGGCAGAUUGCGGUGUUUGAUGCUACCAAUACCACUCGAGAAAGGAGGGACUUGAUUUUGAACUUUGCCGAGGAGAAUUCCUUCAAGGUGUUCUUUGUGGAGUCCGUGUGCGAUGAUCCUGACGUCAUUGCUGCCAACAUCCUGGAGGUAAAGGUGUCGAGCCCCGACUACCCUGAAAGGAACAGGGAGAAUGUGAUGGAUGACUUCCUAAAGAGGAUUGAGUGCUACAAAGUCACCUAUCAACCCCUUGACCCAGACAGCCAUGACAAGGAUCUUUCUUUCAUCAAGGUGAUAAACGUGGGCCAGCGAUUUCUCGUGAACAAAGUCCAGGACUACAUCCAGAGCAAGAUCGUCUACUACCUCAUGAAUAUCCACGUCCACCCUCGCACCAUCUACCUUUGCCGGCAUGGAGAGAGCGAGUUCAACCUCUUGGGGAAGAUUGGGGGUGACUCAGGCCUCUCAGUGCGAGGAAAACAGUUUGCCCAGGCUCUAAGGAAGUUUCUGGAGGAACAGGAGAUAGCAGACCUCAAAGUGUGGACGAGCCAGUUGAAAAGGACUAUCCAGACCGCAGAAUCUCUGGGGGUGACCUACGAGCAAUGGAAGAUUCUGAACGAGAUUGAUGCUGGCGUGUGCGAGGAGAUGACUUACGCGGAGAUUCAGGAGCAGUACCCGGACGAGUUUGCGCUUCGAGAUGAAGAGAAAUAUCUGUACCGAUAUCCUGGAGGGGAGUCAUACCAGGACCUGGUGCAGCGGUUGGAGCCAGUCAUCAUGGAGCUGGAGCGCCAGGGCAAUGUCCUCGUCAUCUCCCACCAGGCUGUCAUGCGCUGCCUCCUGGCCUACUUCUUGGACAAGGGUGCAGAUGAGCUACCAUACCUGAGGUGCCCUCUCCAUACCAUCUUCAAACUUACUCCUGUUGCCUACGGGUGCAAAGUGGAAACAAUUAAACUCAAUGUGGAGGCUGUGAACACUCACCGUGACAAGCCAACUAACAACUUUCCCAAGAGCCAAACCCCUGUAAGGAUGAGAAGGAACAGCUUUACGCCUCUGUCCAGUUCGAAUACAAUCAGGCGUCCAAGAAAUUACAGUGUUGGGAGCCGGCCCCUCCAGCCCCUCAGCCCGCUCCGUGCCCUGGACACGCAAGAAGGGGCCGACCAGCCGAAGACCCAAGUCAGCAUUCCGGCAGAGACCUCGCGGGCUGCACACAGGCUCCCGUCUCCGGCGCCCCCCACGUCGCCCUCCUGAUGGCGUGGAGGCUGAGGCCAGAACGCUCCCCCGGAGACUGGGGUCUGCUGAAGACCUGGGCGUGUCAGCUCCACUGGGGCUGGAGCAGGAAGUCCCGUGGGGCUCGGACAUUCGGGGCCACCCGAGUGAGCCUGGAAAAGCUGCCCUCCAUUUCUUCCCCUCAUGCCUAAUGAAAACCGUGGAAAGCUCGGCUUCCCUGUGCCUGCAAACGUUUCACAGCCUGAGCUGAUGCGUUUUGAUCACCUCUCUGCUGGGUUUGGCCCACAUCGGCCAAUCCUGUUCUGUUUCAGCAGUUUAACAUCUGACCAGUGACUGUCCUCCGGGCUGGAUAUUCUUUUCCUAAUACACAGAUGCAGCCCUUCAGAUUUAGUUGUUGCCGCAUGAGAGGGCAGAACUCUCCCGCAAACCUUUUCUGUGCUAUAAGCGCUGGGCUCUGCAUCCACUCCAGGUGCACAGGCUAGAGUGUAAUAGGUCGCUUAUUCCGUCACAUCAGAAGCAAGAGGCAAAUUCACCAGGUGGAUAAAGGGUGUCUGAGAUUAGUCCCCGGAAGGUCUCUUCUGCUGCGAUGGAAGAGCAGCAUCAGUAGCCACCUUUUCAUUUAGAGAAGUUGUUCUCGUUCCAGGCCCCUUGAGGGCAGGAUCUGACUGCAAGACUCCCCGAAAUGGGUGCCCUUCUGAGUUCUGUUCCGAGCAGCUGUGCUCUCUGCUGAGAGAUAUCUCACACAGAUACUGACUCUGGGUGCCUCUCAGAGUGUAAGAGGGCUGAAGUCAUCUCUGGUGGUUGGGAAUGAGGGACGGAGAGAAAAGUAGGGUGCCGUUUGGAUCACCUGAAGAAGUAAAUGAAGUUUCUUGGGAAUCAGCUCUCCCAGGGAGUUCUUUUGGUGUCAAGACGGGCUGGGAGACCUGCCCUUUUGUGAGGUCUGCUGCCGUGAUACAGUACCUAAGAAAGCUGCGGCUGUGACUUCAAGAGCACCUGGUCUUCUGAUCCCUUCCUCUUGGCUAGUUGUCACCAUUGUAGUCUACUGGUCUCAUGUAGAACCUUGGUUGCCUGCUCCCCCACCUCAGUGCAUUAAUCAUGUGGUUUCCCUUGAAGAUAAACCAAGUAAUUAUUGCCUAGAUCAGUGAUUAUCAGAUGUACAAAUAUGUCUCUGUAGAUAAGAUUUUAAUAUGCCACUGCUCCUGAAAGAGGAUAUGGAAGCUCCCAAGGAUACUAUAUUAUACAAACAAACAAAAUUUUUUUUUUUUUUUUUUUUUGGUAAGAAUAGUAGGUUUCUAGCUUUUAAAACUUAUUCCCCCUUUUCAUUCAGAUGGCCCACUUGCUGGGCAAGAGGGUGAGUAGCAAGAAAAGUAAUGCAAUGCAGCUUUUCCCAAAUGGUUCUUUAAUAUUGUGGACGAUACAGGGCUCUGUUAUUUAAGCUGUGAUGCGCUGGGCUGCUGGCAGUUCAGCAACCAGCAACUAGGAUCUUAUUUUAAUGCACAAGGCUGCCUUCAGAAAGGUCUCCUGACUCUGCUCUGUAGCAGGUAAUUUUUAUCUGUCUGCUCAUAGCAUGUUGUACUGUAAUGAUUUUGUUCUAUGAUGCAGGUUUCUUUCUGCAUCUAAAUAUAUUGUCUUUUGAUGAUCUGAUAAUGUUGUUUAGUUAUUUAUUCAUCCACAUAAGGUAUUUUAAAUCCCUAUAUUAAUGUCUGCUUGUAUAUACAGUUAUUUGUGUUGUUUUUUUUUUUUUUUUGGUAGAAAUUUACGUAGUUUGAGUAUUUAAGUUUAAUGUCCAUAGUAUUACCUUUAAUUAAAAUUUCAGAAUGUAGUAUCUGUCUUCUGGAAAAGGAUAAUAAAUAUGUUAAGGCACAGUG